GCAUAACACAUCAAACACAAUGAGGGUAAUCGACCCCCAAUCAGCAGCCCUAACCAACAUCGAAGUCCUCGCCUACCUAACAGCGAACCCACCCCGACGACCACCCAACCCGCCCCCGAACUCGAGACACUGGGUUCCGAGUCCGGAUUUGAGGGAUCAUAAUACUGUCGUUAAAGAGAUCCACAACUACAUCUCCCGCCUCUCCCCACACAUCCUCACCUACCCGCAAUAUGUCCCGGACCAGCUCAAGAACCAGCCCCCGGCAGCCCAACAACAAUCGCAAACCCAGUCGCAAAUAGACACCAACGGCGGCGACAGCGCGCCGACGAUGCCUCUCGCCCCGGCGCAAGCCAACGCCCCGACGCCGAUGGAUAACGCGCUGCGGGAACUCGUCGUGCGGUUGCAGCCGUUUGGGCUGACGAAGGGUGAGGUGCUUAUGAUUGUCAAUUUGGGGGUUGGGGUUGUUGGAUCUGCUGGGCAGGAGGAGGAG